CGCGCGAACCAUUCGUCAGCUGCUGGGCGUUCUUGUGCCCAAGAACACCCAGGAGCAUGGACGACCACCAGCGGCAAGAAUCACAUCGUCCAGGCCGCGGCCAGCUCCCUCAGGGAGCUGCGCCGAGGAGCCAUGUGGACGAGAAAUCGACAGACAGCAGCAACCCCCCAGAGUCAGGCGCGCCAUUCUUGAAGGUGAUCAUGGUCGGAGGGUGUAUCGCUCUGGUCACCAUCAUCAUCCUGGUUACCAGCCGAGAGGAAGAGCUGCGCCGGAAUGCCACCAUAAGUCACUUGGGGUCUACUCCCGUCUAUAUGCAUCGUGAUGAAACGAGCAGGAAUGCCGAAAACACCGGAAAUCAAUUCGCUGUCCCACACGGUGCUACUUCGCCACCGGUACGGUCUUAUCAGACACCGCACCAGGAAGAAAACAGGACUUCCAGAGCGGCCAUCGACAGAAUUCUGCUGGAAGCCAAGCCACUGCUGUCGGUGCUUCGCCCUGAAGGAGCGAGACCUCUUUUAUGCGUGCUGUCUCCAGAGGCUAAACACCCGCUUCAAUUCCCCAAGAAGCACUGCACGCAUCUUGUGUAUUCUGAUGUCAAAUACGACCUCCAAAAAGCCACCUUCACACCCGUUAGCGAGGCCACGUAUGCCGUCUUGCAGACGCUCAAGGGUACGACAAGUCUGAAGCUUCUGGUGAACAUGGCACGACGCACUCUUCGAGACUUGGCUCCCGACAGAGAAGGGAGACGCUUCUCUGACGCAGUGUCGGACUGGCUUACUUCUUAUGGUCUUAACGGCGUCGCGUUCCUCGGUCAAAGCUACCAAUCGUCUGUGAUUGGCACGUUCGUGCCUAUUCUUCGGGUGCUACGGAACGUCCUCGGCCCGCUUAAGCUCGAUAUAGUGGUCGGCAUAACAGUCACGGACUGGGAUGCACAGCCGACACUUAUUGCUCGAAGGCUUGCUGCGAUUGGAGAGCACGUCGAUUACCUUAUUCUGGAGACCCACUACCAGGGCGUCCUGAACGAGACUUGUCGCACGGCGUUUCCUUCAGUCCUCUAUUCUGACGAUCCCCGUAAUCCGUCUGUGCCCAUUGCCCAGGCGUUGUCCUGGAUGACCAACAUUAUCUUGGACCAGAAGUCGAAGGUCAACACAUGUUUUUCGCUGACCUUAGGAGCGCUGCUCUUCAGAGGCGCCGGAAGUGCUCUUGCAGCUUGCAAGACCAGUCAGCUCGUCAGUUACAUGAAGGUAUGCAAGGAUUCGCAAUGGACGCUCGGUACUACAGCCCACGUGGACGCCUUGGCGGAGGAGAGACUUGGCCAAGGACAAGUGGAGUCGCAUGAAGCGACAACACUUCUCGCAGCCAAGGUGUCACGCGCGAUAUCCAUGUUCCCGCUUUCGUGCGUUGCCACUUAUCAAGUGGAUUUGGACGAUUACGAAGGAGAAUGCGGAAAACCCUUUGAACGCCUAGAAGCUGUGCGUCAAGCACAAGAAAAGGCAACAGCAGACGAUUACCCUCCACUUCCAGCUGUUGCGCCUCCGUCACUGCACCAAACAGUCGAGGAAGCUGCUCCCCUAGGCAGCACCGACAGUGAAAGACGUCGGCGCUGUAUGGCUCCAGGAAAGGAGUUCGUACGCCCUCUGAUAUGUGUAUUCUCCGAUCGCAUCACCGUGCCUCGUAAUUUCACGAGGCGGCAUUGCACACAUGUCGUGCUUUCCCUUCGACGGUAUCGUAGACCUGACUCCAUGCGAAACAUAUCAGCACAUGUUUUCCAGCGUCUAAAAGCACCGGACGUCAAAGUUUUAGUCGCCCUUCACGAGGACCUACUGCUUUCUGCGAACGCGGAGAAACUAGCGGAGUCUUCCUCCGUGCUACUCAAGGGCACAGAGGUCGACGGUCUUGCUUUCCUAUACAUCAGCCAGUCUGCUUCGCAGCUUCGUCAACUCAAUGUCAAGUUGCAGGCACUGCACAACACGCUCAAGAGUAGCGGUCUCUGCCUGCUGCUCAGCCUCCAGCUAGCCGGCUACAUCGCACAGCCAAGGAUCGUCGAUAACACGCUGCGUGACGUAUCGAAGAACGUAGACAUACUUGUAGUGAACAGCCACUACCCAGGAAGUUCAGGGCUUUGUCGAGCGGUGCACGCGUCAGUCUUCAAGCAGAGUGUGAACAGUUGCGUUCCGACUGUUGCCGUGGAAACUGCCUUGUCGUGGUUCAGGUUCAUCGCGUCCACCAGCGUCGAUAUACCAUUCCUGUGUUUUUCGGUAGAUCUACGCGUGUUCCGUUACGUCGGCACGACGCCACAUGGAACCUGCAGUUCAGAGGAACAUCUGCGGUACUCCGAGGGUUGCGACGCAACUGGAUGGAGCACGGUAUACGACGUCGCCACUGAUAGUGUAAUGCGACGUAAGGAAGAAAACCUGGAGACUUUCGACACCGUAACAUCUUUGCGAAAGAAGGUGGAGGCGGCCAUAGGGCAAUACCCGAAAGCGUGCGUCGCCGCUUACAACUAUGACUUCGAGGACGUGGUCGGACGCUGCAAGGACCGGAGACUUUCCUCCGUUCGAUCGGCUCUAGAUCAAACGACAAGCUCAGCUUCACAAAUACAGCAACAGUCCAAAGAAUCAAUACCAGUGCAAGGUGACCAGUCAGGAGUGGGUGACAAACCGCUUGUGUGCGUGUUGUCGAAAGCAUCUCUGGCGACGCCAUUCGUUCCCCAAGCUGCGUGCACACAUCUCGUACACAGGGAAGCGUGGUACGAUGUUGUCGGUGGAACUGUCCACGUAAAAGAAUCUUCCCUAGGUUUAAUUGCGAAUCGACCCAACAUGAAGCACGUGGUUGGCCUCAGCGGCGAGAUCUUCCUCAGUACCGUACUAGGCGAUCGAGCCGUCGUUGAGGAGAUGGCAACAAACAUGGCCAUCGCGAUCCGACGAAUGCACCUCGAUGGAUUGGCCAUCCUGGACUUCAACCGCACGUCCAAGACCAUGGCUUCCUUCGCUACUGGGCUUUCGAUCCUUCGCAAAGCGUUUUCUCAAGGUCUAAUGCUUAUCCUAGGAUUGGAGGUUCUCGACGGGUCUCUACCAACGAAAACAAUGGCGAGGCGUUUGCUGAACACGAUCAAGCUCGCAGACAUCACAAUAUUUCAGACCCACUAUAGGAGUGGUCGAGGUUACUGCCAAAUAUCCUACCCUUCCGUCUACGAGUACAAGGAAGGCAACCUCGUUCCACUGGCAACUGCUCUGGACUGGAUGACAGCCUUGGGCCUGCCGCGCAUAUGUAUUUCGUUUAAUAUGGCUGUGCUAGAAUUCGACAGAGUCAACAGCACCAAUGACUGCCAAAAGGUCAUUCCGCGAAAUUACUCCGAGACAUGCAAUAAUACCGGCUGGAAGCGGGACGACGAGACAUCGGAGUCCUUUUCGGCAGUUCGAGAGAAGGGCUCGGCUUGGCAGACUUUCGAAUCCGCCGAACUCCUUGGACGAAAGGUGGACCGCAUAUUUUCUCAGCAUCCAGGAGCCUGCGUGGCAGCGUUCAAUAUCGACCUAGAGGACGCCACCUCAACGUGCGAGGACCAUGGAAGAUUUGCGCGACUCUCUACGAUUGCGGAGAAAUACGUGGUGUCUCAAGCCAAGGCUAAUUUUGAAUACGAGACGCUUCCGCAAAUUGCUGAAGAGACCGCUUCCAUCAUGUCUGCAGAACUCGUAGGUUCUCAUGCGCUGGGUAACCACGACACGCAAAAUCAAAGCGAAGGUGAUCACACGGAAUACCAGCAUGCGACCAGUGACAGUGGCAGCCGUCCGUUCGUCUGCUUCAUGAGCCGUUUAUGGGCAGGACCGACGACGCUUCCCCCAGUUCCGUGCACGCACAUCGUUCUGAGGGUGGAGCCAGGUGGAGAGGAAGUUGUGAAGCAGCUGAAGGAACGGAAGGAACGGCUACUCUCUCCAAUUAAGUACUUGGCUCUACGGAGCUUAAAGUCGCUGAAGAAUCGCUUGGCAAAAGUUCCGGGUUACUUCGACGGCGCAGCUGUCAUCAAUGUCCGUACUCAUUCGGCUGCCUUGGCAGCCGUCGGUGAUGAUUUGCUGAGCUUUCGUAACCUUUUGCCCAAGGGGAACACGUUGGUCGUGGGACUGGAAAUAAUGGAUUUUCACCGGGACGUCGUGUCGAUUGCACAGCAACUUGCGUACAUUCAGAAGUUCGCCGACAUAAUCAUCUUUCAGACGCACUUCAGGCCUGAUGGGAGCUUCUGCAGAACGGCUUACCCUUCAAUGUAUCAUUCCGCGAAUGACACCUGCAUUCAAACACCGCCUAUUGCUAAAGUGGUGCAGUGGAUGCGGCUUCUGUAUUCCCCGAACUUGUGCAUUUCCUUCAACUUGGCCGCUCUGCGAUUCCAUCUAACUGAAGGUCCUGGCGCCAGUGAGCUCUGCCAGGAUGUGGAAGAGGUGAACGAUUUGUGCUACACUGAAGAAUGGAAGACUUCAGAUGAGGAACAGUACGCUAUGGCUACCAGCCGUCACCAUUCCGAUAUCUGGAUCUCUUAUGAAACGGGACGGCUGCUCCGACGAAAGAUAAGAAAGGCUAUGUCGGCCUAUCCGAAACUGUGUAUGGCUGCUUUCAGCGUCGACGCUGACGGAAGCAGUAAAUGUCGCAAAGAAGCCUACAGCCGUGUAAAUGAAAUGGCCAUUGCUACGUAUCACAGAGCCAGGGAUCCCACCGUUCAGGAAGCUAACAAGCGUUCAAAGCCGGUACCCCUGUCAAAGCCUCAGAAGAUCGCAUGCGUCUUAAAUGGCGGCGAGAACAUGGAUGACAUACCACAUGAUUUCUGCAGCUAUUAUAUUUACGGAUACGUGGGAUACCUGAAAGAGUUCAGGCAGCACGUCCUCCCGGAUUCCUUCAGUCUGCGCUCGAUUAACAAAGUUAGGCGACCCGGUGUCAAAAUAGAAGUAGCUAUUUGGCAGGAAGACUUCACAAACUUUCUACAAGAUGUGUUCGAGCCACCGGAAGGGGAUAGGUUGUUUAUGAGGAUGCUCGUAUGGUUGUACGAAUACAACCUAGACGGACUUGGAACGGCCUAUUACACCACGACAUGGGCAGACUUGGAGAAGAGGGUGUCAAGCAUCCAUCAUCUGGGCUGCAAGUUGCACAAUGUUGGCUACGAUCUCGUCUUUGGCACUACUGUUAAAGACCUGGACAGUGCACCGCUGAACAAACUUCUUCCAUCCCUCAGGGUCAUAGCCAGGUCGGUCGAUUUACUGAUAGUGGAGAGCCACGUGGGUUAUCAGUAUAUCGAGGAGUGUAGGGUACAUUUUCCGAGUCGAAUGGUGAUGACACACCCAUACAUUGCGAACAGUCCAACCAUCAGCAAAGUCCAGUACUAUAUCGAGAGACUGGGCGAGAUCACCGACACUCCAGUCUGCUUUUCGUUAUCUCUGGGUGUGCGAUAUUACGAACUCCAGAAUGCGUCAACCGGACGGCCCGGGUUUGAAUGCGACCUCUUCCAGUACUACAACUACAGUGCCGUAUGCGACAAGGAAUCCUGGUGGGCCCCACCACAGCCUGAUAGUGAAAUCGAAAGCACUUGGCAUUGGAGACGCGGUGCAAUAACAACGUACGAAAGGCCGCAAGAUCUCGUGAAUAAGGUGCUGAAAAUCAAGUCCAAGUGCGUGGCCCUGUACGAAGUGGAGCUGGAUGACCCUUACGGAACUUGCAUCAAAGGGCGCAAAUUUCCGAGGCUCCAAGACGUCUAUGAAUCAUACGAAAGCGUAGCUCUCAUCAGAGACGAACCGAAAAAAGUUAUAGCACCGGACGAACCCGCUUUGAUAUGCGUCGUGACUGAGAAGUUUCCAACUAUAUAUCCUCCUUGCGACUAUGUUGUCUAUUAUGGUGUACGCUACGUCGGUGGAGAUGUUGGAUUCGAAGACACGUCGACGAAUGUGGCCUUGGCGAGGUUUUUGGGCAGGUCCGGCAACGAACACCGAUUCGUUUCCCUGGUUGCGAUGGGCCAUUCUUGGUACAGGGACAUGGGAGCCAAAUCGGAAGCCAUGGAAGAAUUUGGGCACGUGGUCACUAAAUUUCUGCUGAAGCACGCUCUUAAGGGAAUAGCGCUGCUCAAGCUGCAAAUAUACCUGGAUGAUGUAGGGGAGCUCUGGCGCUUCUUUCGGAGCAUGAGGUGUAAAUUGUCCUACGAUGGCCUCAUGCUCAUGGUAGGCAUCAAACUGAAGAGCGAUACUUCAGAACACUUCAUGUCUGAUCUCAACCACCUGACUAGGGCGGUUGAUAUCUUCAUUCUUGAGACACACCUGGAAGUACCACCGCCUAACACGAAGACGAACUGUACCGGCCGGUUCCCGUCCAUGAUGCAUGGCACUUUCGAUGCCGCUGGCAGCAUCCCCAUCGAAUUGGGUGUAAAGUGGAUGAAAGCUUUGCCAGAGCCACAGCCGUUUCUCUGCUACUCUCUUUCCAUGGCAGCGUUUGAGUUCGACACGCCAAGCGAGACAGUCCCGUUUGAGAGCCCUUGCAACGCGAUGAAUAUCGUCGACUACAGUGCGACUUGCAAGAAAUGGGAGACACAAGCACAAUCGAAUCACUUGGCCAUGUCCACCUUCCAGCCUGCGCACGGCAAAUUGUACACAUACGAUUCUAAGUCUGACCUGGUGCUCAAGGUUGAUUCAGCAGGUACACCGUGUGUGGCUGCGUACCAUGUGGACUACGACGAUCCUCAAGGUCAUUGUGGAGAUCCGCACUUGCGCACGGGCCUCCUCAACGAGUCACUUUACGAACUCGAGAAAACACGUCGACUGAUGCGAGACCAAGACUCUGGACGUCGAUCUCAGAAGCCCGUUGGACCGCAAAACACUGUUAUGUGUGUGUUUCACGAGAACACCACGCACAUCAGCCACCUGCCAUCCUCAGUGUGCGACUACAUCAUCUUGCACGCGUUCGCCUUGCACGACGGGCUGAACGAGAGAGCCUACCCCUCACUCAUGGACGACGCGCGGCAACUUGCCAAGGAGGGCACGACGACCUUAGUUAUGAUGAUGUCUGCCGACAGUCUGGCGGCGAAGUGGAAGGCAGGACGACGGGUUUACAGCUUCGUUCAGGAAAUAAUCUCGUUCAUGAUUGAAAACGGAUUUAACGGCGUCGCUUUCGGCUUCACUCAAACCUCGCAGGCGGAUUUUGCUGCCCAGGCGGCAAUCCUGCUGCGGAUGAGGUACGCGAUGCAGUUGGCGAACCGCACGGAAUUCGAGAUCUUCAUCGCUGUUCCAUUCAGCAUCCGAUGGCUCAUUUGGUCGCGAGGAGCAGUUUUCAGCUACGUGGACGCUAUUAUCUUCACUACCCACAACGACACCGUAGACAAACCCUGUACGGUAAAGUUCGCAGCAAGCUACGAAAUGGACAACUUCAUCCUCUCCAGUGUGACAGAGGCGGCACUCCUUAUGGAGAAUCUAUCAAAAACCAAUAGGAGCCUUCCUCUUAUGUGCUUCACGAUUAGCUUGGCUGCGCUGAAGUUCACGGGCACCGCAUCUGAUGCUUACGUGGGCGACAGGUGUGAUGGGAUGACGCAUGUCCCAUACGAACAAACUUGUCCGAUGGGUCUCAGGGAAUACACAGCCAGCGAUGCUGUGGCUGCGUACAUGGUCGGACAUCUGCACAUGUUCACCUACGAGAACGAACAUACGGUCGCCAUGAAGACGAUUGGAAUGACCGGCAUCCUGCCAAAAGUCUGCGUUGCUACGUAUAGCACAGAGCUCGAAGACGUUAGCGGAAAUUGCAUCGCACGGCCUCCGGCGUCGCGGCUGCGAGCCAUAAAGUACAGCCUAUCAAUACCUGAGCAUACAAGCACCAGAUAUCACAUAAAGAACCCAUUAAUAUGCACUGUUGGAAAAUCGCCUAAAAUACCCAGACCCAUUCCGGCAGACUACUGCGACAUCUUAAUCUACACAGAAGUGAUGUUCGAUCCGAAAAAUUAUGUCGUCAGACCCACGCACAACAUGACUCCGUUUAACGACUUCUUUGACUUCUAUGACGCAUCUUACUACGACUUCAAUCGCCCCAGGAUCGCGAUUGCCCUUGACCCGAAGAGCCUGGAAGCUCGAGAGUAUCAGAGCAAGCAAGGCUUGGAAGACCUCGCCAAUGUCUUUUCUUCGUGGCUUGCCUUGAGCAAAACGGAUGGUUUGGCCAUUAUUAAUGAUGUGGUGUCAGAGCACUCUCUCCAACGUCAUACUACCUUUAUGGAGAAAAUGCGGUCGGUCUCCUUUAAGAAACGUAAACACAUGAUACUUCUGUACGGCGCAUCAAUCAUUGAAGGCUACACAAACUGGGCCAAGACCGACAUCGCAACCUACGUCGACGUGCUGAUACUCAUGGUCCACCGAAACACUUGGACCGUCACCCCGUGCGUCGUUUGGGUGCCAACCACGUUUCCCAACGGUUCUGAGCCUUCCCAAAAGCUUGUACUCAAGAACAGCGUCCGUGGCCUGGAAGCCGUUGUGCCGACGGUGCCGGCGUUUGCCGUGUCCAUCAACCUGGCAGUGCGGGAGUUUAAGACCGAGUUCCAUGUCCGUGAUGAUUCGUGCAUCUUCGAAAAAUGGGUCAACUUCUCAAAGGUGUGUGGAAGUACUGUCAGACCAGUAGGUCAUUUCAGUGGAGCGUACCAGGACCGAGAUUCCGUCACCAGGAGGGCAUUCGAGACGGACGAUUCCGUACGCCUCAAGGUUCGAUAUUACAACGAAUGGGUGGAAGGUAUGGGCGUGGCCCUCUUUAACAUCGACUACGAGGUCGUCCAGAGCCCAUGUCCUUAUGUCAGGGGAGGCUACUCCAGGAUGAUGUCUGCGUAUGAGCAAACCAGCAUGAAUAGAGGGCAUUGGGAUACCCCAGCCACGGCUCCUCCGACGGACGCUAACACAACGGAAGUGGAGCCAACUGCCGAACCGGGCAAGCUGUCAGCCAACGCCAUGGCUUGCGUCUUUGGGAAGGAAACCAAUGUUCUUCCUAAGAAGUUUCCGUUGUACAUGUGCGACUACGUCGUUCUCAUGGUCGUCACCUACCACGGGCCCGAAUCUUCCUUCCUCGAAAUCGGCAAACCUGACCUGCUCCAAAAGUUCCUCGACAUUCCUGGCAUGGACCUGCACAAAACUCCAUACUACCUCGUCGGUUUCCACGAAGAGUCGUUCGACAAGAAGUGGAUAUACAACCCUACUCUCUACGUACACUUCGCCGACAGAGUAACAAUAUUUAUGCAGCACACUGCAAUGAAGGCGCACGGUAUAUUUAUCGAGUUCGGGAUCCUCGUCGGUGACCACCCCGUACACUUCCAGAAUAUAGUCGAGCGCACCCGGCACGAGGUGGCCAGAGUCCGGCACGCAGAUCUAUUUAAAGUUGGAAUGGGAGCUGUGUACCCGCUGCGUCCGAGAAAGUGGGAGGACUACGCCCUCCUGAUACACUACUUGGACGUCAUGGUCAUGGUAACGCACAGGACCAAACUUGAAGAAGGAGGAUGUCGCAUCGUUGCGCCGUCUACGCUUUCCUACGGAGUCUACGGUCUUGGACUCUGGUCCUGGACCACGGACGUGAUGAGAGCCAUGAUCAACAUCGCCGGCAAAAAACACAUGCCGCCCAUGUGCUUCAGCAUCAACAUGGCCGUCAUGAGAUUUAAUGUGACCGGCCUCCGGGUGCCCUUCGACGGGUAUUGCGAGGAUGAACAGUGGGUAAACUAUGCGGAGACCUGCCCGUCAUUCCGUGCGCCGACGUACAUAUCAGCCAGAAGGUUAAGUGGCUACAGUCGGAGGAGAAACAAUAUCUGGACUUUCGAAGACGAAGACACCGUCAGCAUGAAGACAGAGUCGUCUGCUCGUGAAUAUGCGAGCUUAUGCGUAGCGGCUUACAACGUCAACUACGAGGAUGAAGGAGUGUGCGUUGAGCGGAGCCCUUACUCCAGAAUGAGGGCCUUGAGGAAGUCACUCAAUUAUAUCAUUUCUAGGGUCGGCAACCUCUACGAUCCUCCCCGUGGGGCAUUCUUCUUCGAUCCGCUGAACCCUUCCCCACCUCCACCAAUGAACCGCACCCUGAUCCGCACAUACAACUACGGGAAACCCUCCUACAAGAAGAAGAAGCGACGCCGCAUAGCGUUUUCAGAAAGGUCUUCGAAUGGCAGCCGCAUCCGACCGAGCACACCAAAAGGACCGACACCCACCGUGUGUUAUUUCAACGCUCCUGCACCCGGAACGACUUGCGUUGCAAAGCGUGUAUGCUCACAUGUUAUCUACGAUGCUCCGGACUACGACAGUACACAGGGGAUCUUUUCCAGCACAGGUGGAGUCUGGGAGUCUGCCUUUGCAGCUGCCACGGCCGACAUCAUAGAUUUGUUCCUCGGUACUAAAGCGAAGAGCCUGCUGAAUCUGUACUACCAGGGUUGCGAGAUACUAGAAGAGUUCUUGAAAGCCGUUCUUGACCUGGCGACGAAGGCAGAAGGUUUCUUGGGCGUUAGCGUUAGCAUUCUGCACAAGCUUACGGCCAGAGAUGCAGAACACUUCCCCGACGUCAUUCAUAAAGUGCGCACCUCCUUGGACAGCAUGAACAUGACGGCUGUAUUCGUAGUCUCUCCAGCUGCUGUGAACGACGCUGACUUAAUGGCACUGAUCGCCGAUGCGGCAGACAUGAUUGUGUACGCUGGAAACAUUGCUACCGAAACGCACAGGAGGCACCAAAGCGCGAGGAGCAACGAAAAAUUUCCUGACGGAGAUGCCCCGACGACAACGUCAUCCAUGGAUGGCCUUCUGGAGUUAUCCCAGAGAUUCUACGAUGAUUCCGCAGUGUGUGUAAGCCUCAAUCUGGCUGUGUACAACUGCACCGACAACGUUUGCAUGAAGGCCACCUAUCCUGAUGUAUGCAACCUUACUGGCACCAUGCACCCCGUCUACUCUGCCAUGACAGCCACCGUGGGAUCGUCUGUCUUCAUCUACGAUAAUGAAGCAACGCUUUCGUCUAAGCUGGACAACUUCCGACAACAGUUUCCAAGGGCAUGCGUUUCUCUGCUCAAUGCCGAUGCGGAGGACGACAGCCACAAGUGUGGGACACGAGAACCUUUCUCGCGGCUCGUUCAAGUUCGAAACAUUCUAGGUGGUGGUGAAGAAAUGACUUCGGAGCCCACAGAUCAGACCACCACUCGAGCGGCACCGCUACCUCAAAGCCCAGUGACUGCGGCGCCUUGGGGUGGUAUACCAACACCAACUUCGAGUGGCACCGCCCCUUCGACUAUACAAAACGCAACAUUGAUCUGCAUAUCUGGACCCAGUGCCAAGGAGGAUUAUCUAGUCCAUGUUCCCGCUGCGCUGUGCGAUUAUAUAGUCUACCCUAGAGGAUCCUACGAUUACCGAAAACGCGACAUUCACUCCGCGAAGCCGAUCGGCGGACAUCAAGCUGUGCUCACUUUGAAUUCUUCCACCUACGUGGACGACUGGGUGACGGAUACACCUGCACUUCUUGCUUUUGCGAACACACUCCUGACGGUUAUGCGAAGAGACCGAUGGACAGCUUUCGGCAUAUUCCUCGAGGAUCCUAACCAUACAUCCAAUAUAGUCACCGUUCAUGCCGCGGUGCUAACAGUGCUCAUGCAGAACAAUCCAGCACCGUUUCAAUUGGUCGUGGGCAGCGUUCCACUUCGUGACGGGAGGGCCUUCUUUGGCCUUUUGCUUGGUUCAGACGUGUUCAUCAUGAUGACUCAGCAUAUCUCGGUAAAACCCUGUACUAUCGAACCACCGACUCGAACCCCAGCCUUCCGCGCGUUCAUCGCCGACCAGAGUCACGAUGAUCUCGUCUCCCUCAUUCACCGAUGGCGCGUGUCGAACAAACUACAUACCCUCAUCUGUGCUCCGAUUAGUUUGGCCGUUGUCACUUACCGCCUGCUGUAUGAGGAGAUGAAGAACACAGGAGACAACUGUAUAAGUCAAGUGGCCGAGAACUACGCACAGACAUGUAACAAAGCAACGACCAGAGACGCCAAUGCUGUCUACUAUUCCAAUGCAACGCAUCUGAUGGCAUUCGAGAAUGAGGAAACGUCCCUCGCUCAGAUGCAAGAAUAUUAUAACAAGAUCGAUGACCCCUGCGUGGCAGCAUUCAGCGUUGACUGCGAAGACUCUACGGGACUGUGCGGACCAGCCUUCUCAAGACUAAACGCUAUUCGAGUUCAACUCGACAAGUACAAUAUUAGCGCUUCUGGAGCAACGACAGAAGCGGUUGCGCCGACAGAUGGAAUCAGUACUGCGAGCCCGGAAACUGUCAUGACAGGAUCGCCCAUAGCGGCCAGUAGCGAAAGCACAACUAUUCCGACCCCAGAAACAGUGAUGACGCCAUUACCCACAACGCAGAGUAGUGCGAAUGCACCGCUGAGUACUACGCCAAGUAGUAGCGCUGGCACAACAUCAUCCACUGCAUCGCCACCUAAUGUAACAGGGUCGAGCUUAGGAACUGCUACAACCGAGCCUGAAACAAAGUCUCCAGUACACAUUGCUACGAGCCCAGAAACUGACGCGACAGCGUUGCCCACAACGCCCAGUAGUGCGAGUCCUACGCCAAGUGGUAGCGCUGGAACGACAGCCGCUGCAUCGCCACCUAAUGUAACAGAGUCGAGCUCUUUAGAAACAACGUCUCCAGUACACAGUACUGCGAGCCCAGAAACUAUCGCCCCACCAUUGCCCACAACGCCCAGUAGUGCGAGUCCUACGCCAAGUGGUAGCGCUGGCACAACGACAGCCGCUGCAUUGCCACCUAAUGUAACAGGGUCGAGUUCUUUAGAAACAACGUCUCCAGUACACAGUACUGCGAGCCCAGAAACUAUCGCCCCACCAUUGCCCACAACGCCCAGUAGUGCGAGUCCUACGCCAAGUGGUAGCGCUGGCACAACGACAGCCGCUGCAUUGCCACCUAAUGUAACAGGGUCGAGUUCUUUAGAAACAACGUCUCCAGUACACAGUACUGCGAGCCCAGAAACUAUCGCCCCACCAUUGCCCACAACGCCCAGUAGUGCGAGUCCUACGCCAAGUGGUAGCGCUGGAACAACGACAGCCGCUGCAUCGCCACCUAAUGUAACAGAGUCGAGCUCUUUAGAAACAACGUCUCCAGUACACAGUACUGCGAGCCCAGAAACUAUCGCCCCACCAUUGCCCACAACGCCCAGUAGUGCGAGUCCUACGCCAAGUGGUAGCGCUGGCACAACGACAGCCGCUGCAUUGCCACCUAAUGUAACAGGGUCGAGUUCUUUAGAAACAACGUCUCCAGUACACAGUACUGCGAGCCCAGAAACUAUCGCCCCACCAUUGCCCACAACGCCCAGUAGUGCGAGUCCUACGCCAAGUGGUAGCGCUGGCACAACGACAGCCGCUGCAUUGCCACCUAAUGUAACAGGGUCGAGUUCUUUAGAAACAACGUCUCCAGUACACAGUACUGCGAGCCCAGAAACUAUCGCCCCACCAUUGCCCACAACGCCCAGUAGUGCGAGUCCUACGCCAAGUGGUAGCGCUGGCACAACGACAGCCGCUGCAUUGCCACCUAAUGUAACAGGGUCGAGUUCUUUAGAAACAACGUCUCCAGUACACAGUACUGCGGGCCCAGAAACUAUCGCCCCACCAUUGCCCACAACGCCCAGUAGUGCGAGUCCUACGCCAAGUGGUAGCGCUGGCACAACGACAGCCGCUGCAUUGCCACCUAAUGUAACAGGGUCGAGUUCUUUAGAAACAACGUCUCCAGUACCCAGUACUGCGAGCCCAGAAACUAUCGCCCCACCAUUGCCCACAACGCCCAGUAGUGCGAGUCCUACGCCAAGUGGUAGCGCUGGCACAACGACAGCCGCUGCAUUGCCGCCUAAUGUAACAGGGUCGAGUUCUUUAGAAACAACGUCUCCAGUACACAGUACUGCGGGCCCAGAAACUAUCGCCCCACCGUUGCCGACAACGCCCAGUAGUGCGAGUCCUACGCCAAGUGGUAGCGCUGGCACAACGACAGCCGCCGCAUCACCACCUAAUGUAACAGAGUCGAGCUUAGAAUCUGCUACAACCGAGCAUGGAGUGACUCCAGUAUCCACACCUAGCCCAUGGGUUGGAAACACGUUGCUGUGCUUUCUGGCUCCGCCACUGGUUCUGCACACCAACUUCCCAGAAGACGCCUGCGAUGUCGUCAUAUACGAUGCGGUGUGCUUGAAAGGAAAUGCAGACACCCAAGUCGAUGAUUCAGAGUGGAAAGCCUUCUUAGAUUUAAAAGAGAAGCUGCAAAACCACACGAAGAAACUAAAGUUCGCUGCCAACCUCGACACGGUGUGCCUUCUGAAUGGAAGCAACGUCGACAAGGAUCUAGUCAAGGCUGCUGUCAUAAACGCGGCAUCGAUGCUAGCCACUUAUAACUUGUCUGCAGGUGCAGUUGUCGUUCAGGACAGUCGCCACGAACCUUCCAUUCAGUGGACGGACGUUAUGAAGCAAUAUAGGACCAGCAUGGAAAAGGAAGCCGUAGAUGGCAUUCUUAUCUUCGGUGCUUCUCCAACCUACCUUUCGAACAAGGUCGUCUUGAAUGCCAUACUCCCGCUUGUGGACGUCCUUGUCUACACCAACCAUCACACGAUUGUGAAAGAUGAGCCGUGUACAGUGAGCCACCCAAGCGGCAUGUUCUUCGAGGAUCAAAAUAACCAUAGCGUGGAAACCAUAAAACAGCACCAGGACAAAGUGGUUUGCAAGGCGGUCAGCAUGGCUGUCUUCCGUUACGCGUUAAUAGCCAUGAACGACACCUUUGGCUCUACAUGUAGGCAGGAGGUCAUGGACAGUUACGGCGAGGUCUGUCCUCCGCCAAGGAUCGGAAAUCCAGACGAGCCGACCUGGUACCCUAUUCACUACAAGGACAGGUUCAACCUGAUCACCUACGAAAGCGAGAUGACACUCCAGGAGAAGGUCUUAGCCCUACGCAAGCUGGUGAACCGUGUCUGCAUUGCUGCCUUUCAUGUCGAGUUUGAAGCUCCCACAGGGUUGUGCCCGCAUCGUUCUGGCUUUACCCGAAUAAAACAGAUGCGGAAUGCUCUGGAUAAUCCCGUGGAUUACGUGCCCCCAGAUAUACCCGGUUUCGACGAAGGCACAGCUGGUACCGUCUCAACACCUUCUGCAGCUGAAAGUCACAGAAGGCUCGCCAAAGAACCAAGCAUACAAGCUCGUCUCGUAUGCUUCGUGGCCCCACCGGUGAAGACAGUACAGGAUUACCCCUCGUACCUCUGCGACUACGUCGUCUAUCAGGCCGCUCGAUACGAUAUCGCAUCCGAUCACAUUUCCUUCUCAGAUGGAACAUCUUGGACAGAGUUCUUGAAACUCAAGAAGCAUCCUGCAACCAGGUUCAUGGUGGCUAUUCACAGCCAGUCUCUCAUUAAUAUAACCAGAGCACAUGUCGCCGAGAGCUUCGUUAAUGGAGUACCAGCUUGGCUUCAAAAGAAUCAGUUCGGAGGCGUAGCAGCGUUGUUCGAUUCGGAGGACGAUGCUCUACGUGCGUACGACACUUUGAAAGUCCUCCGCGAGCGCCUUGACAAGUUCCAGCAUGGGACAUACGUGCUACUUCUGGGAGCCACGGCGGCACUACCCGUUCAUCUUGUCCAGCUGGCCCACACUUUCGUGCUCGUGACCAACCACGUUCCGAGCGCAACCCCUUGUAAGGUCAGCUACCCAUCCGUCACCACGCACAUGUCGACACUGUCGGAACCGCUACUGCUGGCGAAGAGCCUCAGGGAAGUGGCGAGCGACGUGAGCGUCUGUCUUUCCAUCAACCUGGCCGUCCUCGUCUUCUGGCAGGAGAAGGUGGACAGGACAGUCGGCGCCAUGUGCAAGCAAGGCGCAGAGACAGACUUCGCGGAGCUGUGCAGACAAGCUGAAGUGAAGAUAACAGGGGACAGGGAAUGGAUGAGCGCUUAUCUUCAGGCAGACGAGAACAACACCCUGUACACGUUCGAGACAGAAGACUUCCUUGCCACAAAAGUGGCCUUCUUCAGGUCCUGGUUCCCGGAUGUGUGCGUGGCUGCUUUCCAUACCGAACGUGACAUAUACGCGCACCCUUGCCCUCUCCUACCACCUUUCUCCAGGCUUAUCAAGAUUGCCGACACGCUCUACCGCAACGUACAGAAUUUGAUUUAAUAAAGAAAGUGUAACGCAUA